AUGGCAACGGCCAACCCUGGAACGCCCGCGCCGUUGUCCAAUGCCACCGGUAGCGACGUUGCAAACAUUAUAAAUGUUCCGCAUAUCAAUAGACUGUCGAGGGAAACACCCACGAGAGCUGCAGCCCAAGCGGCAACGGGUAUCCGAUCGACCACCCGUGGUAGGGCGUGUAACUCUUCAUCCGUAGCGUCACGCGGCAAGGUCGAUUCGACGUCAGAUACGGGCUCUAGCGACGGAAUAGGCUCUUUCUCAGAGUCCGUUUGGGGAUAUCCCAUGGCGUCGGAUUCAGCAAGGGGAUUGGCGGAUGAGCAACAGCCGCAACUCGGCAAUGCAAGAACUUAG